AGUCCUGCGCAUGAGCAGAUCCCGCGAGGACGGAAGUGAGGAGCGGACGCAGGGUGGCGGGUGCUGCUGUGCUCCCUGAGGGGUGGGCUAGCGGCCGGCAUGGCGCCCUCCGGGAGUCUAGUGAUUCUUGGCACAGUGUUGCUGCUGUUGAUUUGGGGGGCCCCGUGGGCCCACGGGAGGCGAAGCGACGUGCGCAUCAUCACGGACGAGAACUGGAGAGAGCUGCUGGAGGGAGAGUGGAUGAUAGAAUUUUAUGCACCGUGGUGUCCUGCGUGUCAGAAUCUUCAGCCAGAAUGGGAAAGUUUUGCGGAAUGGGGAGAAGAUCUUGAAGUUAACAUUGCAAAAGUAGAUGUCACAGAGCAGCCAGGAUUAAGUGGACGAUUUAUCAUAACUGCUCUUCCUACUAUUUAUCAUUGUAAAGGUGGUGAAUUUAGGCGCUAUCAGGGCCCACGGACUAAGAAAGACUUCAUAAACUUUGUAAGUGAGAAAGAGUGGAAGAGUAUUGAGCCCGUUUCGUCAUGGUUUGGUCCAGGUUCUGUUCUGAUGAGUAGUAUGUCAACACUCUUUCAACUUUCUAUGUGGAUUAGGACUUGCCAUAACUAUUUUAUUGAAGACCUUGGAUUACCUGUUUGGGGAUCAUAUACAGUUUUUGCUUUAGCAACUCUGCUUUCAGGACUGUUACUAGGACUUUGUAUGAUAUUUGUAGCAGAUUGUCUUUGUCCUUCAAAAAGGCGCAGACCACAGCCAUACCCUUCCAAAAAAUUAUUACCGGAAUCUUCUCAGGCUUUGAAAAAAGUGGAGGAGGAACAAGAGGCAGAUGAAGAAGAUGUUUCAGAAGAGGAAGCAGAAAGUAAAGCAGAAACAAACAAAGACUUUGUACAGAAUGCCAUAAGACAACGUUCUGUGGGUCCUUUGUUGGCUGCAGAUAAAUCCUAGUUUAUUUUUAUAAAUACCUUAAUAUGAUUUUGACAAAAACAGAAGAUCAUUUCUUUUGGUUGAAGUGAACUGUGACAUUGUCCUUCAUAGAGUUCAGUCUAGAUUGUUAUUAGAUUGAACAGUCUACUUCCAGAAAAUAAAAGUAGCAUUGUGUAAAAAAGUUUGAAGUAAGAUUUAAGAAUGAUAUGGCGGUUUAAACAAUUCUUUACAUUUUGAAAAGUCUGGUGCCAAGCAAUAAGAUUUGUGUAUGUUUGUUUAAUAUAACCUGUUACAAGUCUGUGCUGAAAAAUUACAUUUCCCAGGUAUUACAUUAUUGAGUUAUUUAAAGAGAUUAGAGAAUCUCUCAUUUCUCAUUUGAUACAAAUUUUCUCAGUUUCACUGUGUGAAGAAAAGAACACAUUUCCUAUAAAUGGGAACUUUGCGCAUUGUUUCAAGAAAUAGGUAUUUCAGUGUCAACUCUGUGGUCCUUUAGAGAAAUCAGUUCAAAUUUUCUUCAUAUAUUUAGAUUAUGCAACUAACAAAAACUACCUUACUUUAAUUAUGGUUUUCUAUACAUGAUAAUACAGAGUAUACUACUGAUUUAGGAAGUUUUUAUAAGUCCAUGGUAUUGAUUCCUUGGUUCCUAUAAAGUUGGUUGCCUUUUUGUUCUCCUCUGUUCAUUGUGUGAUUUUUAUUUUUCUUACCAUGGGUUACAUGUUUUGUUUUCCAAUUGGAUAAUUUCCUAGAAAUGUUUUUUUUUCAUAUAUUAAUAGUAAAUUUUUGUUUUUUCAAACUGAAGUUUGCUAAGGGAUUCUUAAAGAGCUGUCUACUUAUAAUUUAAAAAUUUGCCCACUCAUUUAGGGUGUUUUGCAUUAUUGUUGAACCUGUACUUGAACUUUUUUUGCGGGAGGGAUAUGAAGGUGAACAUUCCUGAUUUUUAUUUGAUGUGGAAAAGCCUUGAUAUUUUCCAUUUUCAGAAUUCACAGAAGCUUAGUUCAAUACAAAAUAAAAUUAGCAUUCUACUCAGGAAAAAACUUUCUAUAGUGUAUGUUUUCAAUGUAUAUUUGUCCUUACAUACAGGAAGUUCUUAAUUGAUUUUACAAAGUAUAUGCUUAAUGUUUUAAAAUCAUAACUUUCUUGUGUUUUUGAAAAGACAGACUCCAUAUUCUAUACUUUGUGUUGUGUGGUAUUUCACAGGUGGGCAUCAGCAGAAUGGGACAUUUAAUAUAGUUUUACUCCUUGAACAAUUACAACAAUUUUCACCUUAUUAUAGCAAAGGGGCAGGGGACAGCUUAAGUAUUCAGAAUGACUCACCUGUCCAUUAUGUAAUAGAUAAUUUCUGUGAUGUCCCCUUUUGUCUAGAUUCUUUUGCUAUGUAAAUCCAUUAGGUUUACAGUAUCAUAUCCUACAGUUUUCUUUAAAGACAUCUCCUUUAGAAUAUUAGAUAAUUUACCAUUGUAGAGUUUGGCUGUAUAAUAAUUUUGUGAUGCUUUAGGAAAAUAACUUUAAGCAGAAAAUAAACUUUUCUAAGCACUUCAAUAAAGCCGAAGACAAGUGAUUUCUAGCUGCAUACUUAGAAAUGCUUAAUUCACUUUGUUCUUGCUUGAACAAUUGUGUCACUGUAUAUGUACUUUAAGUAUAAUCAAAAGGCUAAAGUCAUACACACAUCUUUUGUUACUUGGGAUGAUAGAAGAUAAUAGUGCUCAAUCAAGCAUUCUGUUUUUAGUGUACAUGACAAUACAUUUUAAGUUUUUAAGUAAUUAUAAAAUAUUAUAUAUAUGGAAUAUUUAAAGUAGACUAAGUAGAGACUAGAUAAUUUGGAAAAUAGUUGACUUUGCAGUUCUUUAAGAUUGUCACUGUAGACAUCCGAACAACCAAUUUUUUUUCAGAGGCUUAUAGAAACUAUAUGGGAUUAUUUUACCUUUAACAGACUCCUUUUGUUUCAUAAUUCUUUUAAGGGGGCUGAACAUGGCACUUUAGCUAAAACAGUUUACUAGGGUGUAAGGUGCAGUAUCUGCAUCCUGAAGAACUUUGCCCCCUACCCCAAUAAUGAUUCAGUUCCACAAUGGAAAUACUGUGCAAUCUGAUCAUUCCAAUGAAAAAGGCAGUGUUUUUUUUUUACCACAUUCUGCCUAAAUACUAAAGCAACAAGAUUUACAAAAGUGUUAAUGAAGAUUCCUGUAUAAUUAACAAUAGCUACCAUUCACUGAAUAUAUUGGAGUUGUGGUAAGUUAUUUUCCUGUAAUAAUUUAGUCCUAAUUAUGAUCUAUGAUAGGUAAGUACUGCACAUCAUUCAGGUGAAACAGGCUCAGAGAAUUGGCAGAAGUAGGUACAAUUUGAAUCCAGUUCUAAUUUAAAAUGUGCUUUUUUUCAGUUUGAAUACUGAAAAAUCAGUUAUCUAUAUAUCAAAGCAAAUUUAAAAUUCUUAAAAUUUCAGUCUUACCAGAAUAUUGCAACACUUACUAUUCAGAACUACCAAUUCAGUAUUUGUGGUCUUCUGAUACUGGGUACUGUAAAACAAUCAAGUCUAUUAAAAUAAAUGGUGCUUCUGAAAGCAAUUUUCUCUCAGGUCAGUUGUGUCCUUAUUCAGCCCAAUGUAUAAAAGGCAUAGUUUUGGAGUUAAUUUACAUUAUGAUGAGAUUAAUAUUUUGAAUGAAACAUAUUUAACUCAAUUUAGGGUUACCUAGGUUAUUCUGACCCAUCACAAUAAGGUGGAAUUCUUUCAAUAAAUUAAUUUCUUCCCAGCUGUAUUAAGGCAUGAUUGACAAAUUACUUUUGAUGUGGAUCUUUUAUUAGUAAAAGAAUUGAUUUAGGAUGAAAUUUAAAUGAAUAGCCCUAUUGAGGAAUUGUAUAAUUUUAGAAGUAAAUUUAAAUACCUAUCCUGCAGAAUUACUUACGAUGGUAUUGCAUAGCUAGCAACAUUCACAUUUGUUUUACAAACAUUAAAACUAGAAAAAUAAAUUUAAAUUCAAAGUUUGAUAACACAUAACUAGUAAGGUCAAACUAUAUACUUGAACAUCUGAAGUAGUUUUUGACUCAUUAAUUUCAAAUGGUGAUAGUAUCAGUAUUGUGGCCAUUAAUGAAAUCAGUUGUCCCUUCAAAUCGGUUGACCUCUUUCACUGUGUGUGACAUUACUUUUAAGUCUGUUUUCAUUGUAUCACAGCCCAGAUUGAUACCUUGAGAAUGAAAACCUGAAAAUAUGAAGUCAGUUGAUGAAAAAGAUGAUUGAAACUUCUUUUAAAUUUAAACACAAUUAAGAGAGUGAUAACUUUCAGGUUGGUGAAAAUGUCUUCACUUUAAAGAACAAGUAUUUUUAAAAACUUUCCUACCUUAAGUGUUUUUAAUAAAGCAUGUCAUAGAAGUAAUGUUACUAGUAGAUUGGAAUAUAUCAACUGAAGUACUUAAGGUUGAACAUACUGCUACCUGGACAUGCCUAAAACUUCUCUAAACUUUAGAUGACUCUGCUUCCACAGUUUCAUGUACAUCCUUGGUUGAAAAUUUUAAAUGCUCUUAACUAUUCAUCUCCCCUGCCCAACCCAAUUAAUAUUCCUGAAACUAACGAAUCACCUUUUGUUCAUGAACAUGCCUCACAUUCCAUCCAUCAGUUGAAGAGUCAGCUCAAAUCCUCUAAGUCCUUUCUGGAUCAUAGUUGUUUUUUCUCCAUAAAUAAACUAUAGUGUGGGUUUU